CAAAGAGAAGGAUCUGAUCCUCUACAUUGUUCUGUUCGCACAAGCGACACAAGCGGAGAUCAUACAUGAUGCCGUCAGAAGAACAGGGCGACGUGUCGACGACAACCUCAAAGUGUCUGCAAAUUUCUCGAAGCAGCUUUUGAUUUUACGUCUGUGGUUUGUUUUUCUUUUCUUUCACAGUGCUUCUUGGUCUUUCUGACCACGUCGAGCUCUACUUCAGCAAGGAAGGGCGGUUUCUACGGUGUUUACUCGUGGUGCGUGACAGACUUCACCGGCAUCUUACAUCUGCUGCCAGUGAUGAAGAAAAAAUGAACGAAGAACUCUCUGGACCGCCCGCGUUCCUGUUCCCAAAGACCGGCAGGAGUAUACGAUGAAGCGCAGUAGACUCGUUGCCGCGCGGCGAUCCGUGGUAGGGAGUAGCCGCAGUAGCACUACUAGAAGAGCAGCCCUGGAAACGCCUCGUCCUGUGCCACACCUCCCACCACAUAGCUCUGUCUACCCAAGUGGGCGAGCAGUGACUGGCGUACGACAAGAAGUGCAGGAUCAGCAGGAGCAGGACCUUCGUUGUCGUUCUAAUUCUCAUGAUAUUACACAACCACCUACAAGUGUUGUACCCCGCGACCAGCCGGACAGGAGCACGCACUUAAACAUCCAGCAUGACCUCCACCCUUCGCAGCACCGUCGACAUCUUCGACACCGCCCGCUCUUGGGGCCGCCGCGUCUGCCUGCGCACGUCAUGGCCCUGCAGACGGUUGGGGACGGGAAGAAGUUGAGUCACAUUUUGAAGCAAAACAGCGUGCUGUUUGACGCGAACGAUUGGGAGCUCGCGAAGUUUCAAAUCGACGUACAUCUAGAUUCCAUGGACGGGAAAGACCUGUGUCGGACCAUCACGGCGCUGGCGCUGGCAGAUGAUGAAGAAGUACGUGAUGAACAUCAUGUCCAAGAAGUAGAAGAACAGCCACAAGAACUAGUGUCCACGAUGACAAAAUCAAAAUCAUCAUCGCCAGUUGUACUUCCGGACAAGGAUAAUGUCAACACCGGCGACGAGGUCCAAACUACACUAAAAGGCGAACAAGUUGGGGGUCUCGCAAGUACGCCAAUUGGUUUCUCCCGACCGAGCAAAGACGAGGAAUCUCGCCUUCUGCUCACGGUCGAACUAGGGGAACGGCUAAGCAGCCGCCUCUCUGCGCAGUUGCGACAACUCACCGUCGCGGAAAUCGCAAACCUAGCACUGGUGCUCGGGACAACUUCCAAUCGAAAGAAUCUUAAAAAAGCCGCCCGCCUGCCGAUUCUGGCGACCCUGGGCAUUUCUGUGGCUAUGCGGGCGCUUGAAGCGAAACCGACAGACGUGAUCACCAUGGCGAAAGCGUACUGCCUAACGGAAAUCAAGGACGCUAGCUUGUUUGCGAGACUGGCCGCGAUGGCGUUGCUAACCUUGCCCUUCUUCACCCGCAAGCAGUCGAUCGACCUGCUAAAAAGCAUGACGGAGCUCGGGUUCCGCCACGAAGGGCUCUUGCUCAAGGUGGCACAGACGAAGCUUUUUACUAAUGGAAAUGCAGUGUACAGUGCCGGUUCAGGUUCUUCAAGUACGCAACCAGCUGCAUCUUCCUCUUCUUCUAUAUCUGCGGAGGAAAUUCUCAACGUGGCGUUCGUGUAUUCGAACUUUGAGUUGGUUGUGCCACAAGUGUGUCACCUGCUCGAGUCGCAUUGGACGGUCGCGCUGGACGCGUUCCCACCACUUCUCGUGCCUUUGGAAGAAGAAAAUAAAGAUCACGUCGAACAAAAUAUUGGGGCUGCCGAAGAUGGCGUUGAUCUUGAUGCCAGAAGUAGGCACGACACCAGCGCGGACGAGCAGGUCGAACGAAGUGGAAGUGCACAUGUAUUUACCAGUUGUCAUGUUGGUUCUGCACCAGUAUCAGGAUCAGCAUCACCUGGACGAGCUGCUGUAGAGCCUAGCCCAGAUGAAGAUGAUGAGGAACUCCGGAGAGGUGGAGACAACGAGCAGCAGAGCAAAUUGUACUGCCAAGAUGGUACAUCAGGAGCCACUGCCUGGUGCGAGGACACAACAGCCGACAUCACAACACUUAUAUCUCUUUCACUUUCUUGCUCAGGAUCUUCAGCUGAUUCUUCCGCAUCAGAAAGUGCUGUUUCACUGGCACAAUUUCUCGUUUCCAUCCACGAACUGGAGUUGUUAGAGAUUCUACCGGACGUGGCCGCUGCAGUCCGGGCUCGGGUCAAGCUGGAGACUUUAAUACUCGGAGGAGAGCAGCAGGUAGCUUUUGGAGAGAAAAGCAAAAGUCCGGAUAGUUUACUCUGGCGAUUUUUCGUCGCGUUGGGGGAAGCAGAAGGACGGCAGCGGAGAAAUAGAGGAGCAGCUCGGAUGAGCUGCUCUAGAGCGACGCAUGUUCAUCUUCAUGUUCCGUUCGGCGGGACGAGGACCGGGAGGUGUGGGGGAGCUGUCGCUGGAUACAAAGCUGAACCUUCGACUCCAUCAGAAAAAAUUUCACCACCUCAGGAUAAGCAGAGAACGAGUUUUGAUGUUGCUUUUGAACCAUCGGAGGACAAGGCGAAGAUGAAGGAAGACAGCCUGAAAAUUAUGUGGAGACGCUAUUACCCGCAAGAGGCCGCUAUGAACGAGUUGCUUCGGGAAUCCCAAAAGUGGCGUCUUCAAGCUUCUACUGCUACUACUUCGCCGAUAUUUUCUUCCACCAAGGACGACAGCACCGCGCCAGCACAAGCUGCCGAUCGCUACUUUCUUGCCGACGGUCGAUCUAAAAAUCAUCCCCGGCUGGUGCACUGUAGUAGGAGUAGGAGACUGUCGUCAUUAAAAAAUGUCACAGCACCACACCACCUCCCGCAAAUGAUGCGCACCUUGGGAUUGUGGUCCCAGCACACGCCGGUGGACCUGCAACCGUUGAUUGCUGCUUGCGUGGAAACCUUGGAGGAGGUGGCUACGAGAACCUGUGCACCAUCAGCCUCUAGUGAUGGCCCUGUUUCGACGCGCUUCCACUUCCAGAAAGGUACAAACUCCUGGUCUCUGGUCCAACUGUGCCACAUAGCAAAGGGUCUCCGGUUGCUUCCGCCGUCGAUUAGCGUGAGAUUGCGCGAGCUGGUUGCGCCGCUGCUGCGGAAUGCAGUGUUGAGCCGGGCGGGGGUCGAAGAUGAUGAUUUUUCUUCCGGGCUGGAACAGGACAACGUCAACGACAAAAUCUCAAAUGUCACAGAACAAACAUCUGCACCAGCACGAAGGCCGGUUUCGUCAAUGAAAAAUGAAAACCUUUACUGGGAAAGCCUGGCACUGUCGGCAGUGGCUUUGCAAGUGGAAAAAGAACAAGUUAUAAAUCAAGAAGUAGAAGAUUCAUCUGCUCUUCGUGUGGAGGAGAUUUGCAAGAGAAUCGCAAGGAAAUCUGCGAACGUACAACUACGGAGGCUGCUGGGGGUUUUCUCAGGAAAUGAUGAUGAUGAUGACAAAAAUUCAGUGCUGCAAGAACAUGAACACGAGUCGACUUGUUCGUCCACCGCUUCAAAUAGAAAUAGUACAGCCAGAACUUCUGCUGAUGUUGACGAGAGUGGACGACGAAAUGCAGCUGCAUCUCCUACAUCUACUUCCGCGUCAGUAUCAUCAAUAUCAUCCGCUCGUCCGACCACUUCAUCUCCGAGCAGAAAAAGCCGGCAUUUACAAAAUUCUCAAUUGCACCUGCUUCCGCCUGCCAUGCGUGACUUGGUGCAGAGCCUGCAAAGCCGAUCUUUCACCGUAGUUUUUCCGGACCUGCUGCCGCACUACGUUGUAAUUGCGUCCUCGUCCUCCUGGACACGCGGGAGUCCUUCGACCGAUGGUUUUAUUUCCGGGCUCGGUGCGGACAUGGAGAAAAAGAAAAUGAAAAAUGAGAAGAAGGACACUGAUGCAGUAGACCACACCCACAGUUCCUCGCAGCAGGAACAAGCCCAUCAAAAUAUGAAGCACCUGAUCUUGGCUCCCGAGCACUUGAUACGAGGUGAAGUGUCCUACGAAACGCAAGCGCUGUGUGCGCGAUAUGAUGUAAAAGGACAGAUUCGCUAUGCUGGGGACAUGAUGUUCUCGUCCAUCUACUCGCGCCGGUCGGAGAAGAACAAAAGUGCUCAACACGUCGGAACUAGCUGUCAGUCCAAGCUUCUCGCAUCAACCGAUAGGGGUCUACUUCAGGAGGGGCUUUGUUGACAACAGUAAAAGUACCAGGCAAGAAGUAUUAAUCUGGUUUAUCG